GAUUAGAGGAAGCAGUAAUAUUUGUCUCAACUCAGCAACUCACAAGGACUUGUACGGUGUCGGAUUAUUUGCCAUUUUAUACAGAGAUUACAAGCCUAUAGUGAUAGAAAGGGGUUUGUUUCACCAUUGCUAACUCCAUAAUGAUGGAAAUGGAGGUGCCGCAUCCAAGUCAACAGGACAUGGACCUGAUUGACAUCCUGUGGAAACAGGACAUAGAUCUGGGUGCACGCCGUGAGGUGUUUGACUACAACCAUCGACAGAAAGAGUGCGAGCUUCAGAGACAGCGUGAGCUGGAUGAGCAGAAAAGACAGCAUCUGCUUCAGGAGCAGGAGAAGGCCCUGCUGGCACAGCUCCAGCUUGAUGAGGAGACCGGAGAAUACAUCCCCCGCCCGGCACCCAGCAUCCCGCUGCAGGCGGCAGGCACGCCUCUGGAGGUUACACAGAAUCUCACCUUCAUUGAAGAGAAUAAUGAUGCCAUUUCAUUUGAUGAAUGCUUGCAGCUGCUGGCAGAGACAUUUCCUGUAGAGGAAACUGGGGUAAAUACUUCUUCAUUUUUCAAUGAAACAUUUGUAGAUAUAGCAUGCUCAUUGAUGGUGUACUUACAGAAUACUUCUAUGAGCCUGUGUACUGCAGACAGUUCGCCCAGCACCACUGUGAUGACUCCGGAGCAGCCGUCUCUGCUGCCCACCACACCUUCCCCUGUCCAGCUGCCACCACACAGGAUGUCCACGGAUUUGGAGCAAGCCUGGAUGGAGCUUUUGUCUCUCCCAGAGCUGCAGCAAUGCAUGCACAUGCAAAUGGAGGACACCCUCGAGACUACUAUUUAUCCAAACUCAGAAGUGCAGAAUCCAAACUAUACUUACUACCCCGUGUCAGAGAAUGCUAGCAAUGCUUGUGCUGCUGGAUAUCUCAGCUCUUUUAAUGCGGUCACACCCAAUGUCCUUCCUUCUGACAAUCAAAGCCAAGUGGAUGCUCCAGCUAACUACACUGCUGAAGCUGAAGACUUCUGUGACCUGUUUUACCCAAAGAAUGUGACUGCUGAGAGCAGUGGUCGUGAUGAAUAUGACAGCAACAUCAUGUCUGGGGUACCAAACAAUUCACCGUUCACUCCAAUAGAUCUGUAUAGCCUCUCACCAGGAGAAGCUUUUGACAGAGACAAACCAGGCCUCACCGUGGAAAUGCCAGAUUCUGAUUCAGGAAUAUCAAAUGCAAGUCCAAAUACAAGUUCAAACGCAAGUUCACCAAGUAAAUCAGUCUAUGAUGGCUUUGGAUACAGUGAUUCCGACAUGGAUGAGACAGACCAUAACCCUGGAAGUGCACAAUCUGACUACUCGGAGAUGUUUUCAUUAAAUUUCACACCUGAUGACUUACCAGGCACAUCAGUUUCCAUAUCAACAGAUCAAUCAACAACACAGAAUGAAAAGAAUCCAAAAAAACAGAGGACCAAGCUAGCAGAGGAAAGCGGCCACAACAGAGGUCCCUUUACAAAGGACAAGUUGAAGAAGCGCUCGGAUGUGCGUCUCACAAGAGACGAACAGAGAGCCAAGGCCCUCAAAAUCCCUUUCACAGUCGACAUGAUAAUCAAUUUACCUGUGGAUGAUUUCAAUGAACUCAUGUCAAAGCACCAACUGAAUGAGGCCCAGCUGGCCCUGGUCCGUGAUAUUCGCCGCCGUGGUAAGAACAAGGUAGCUGCCCAAAACUGUCGAAAGCGCAAAAUGGAAAACAUAGUAGGCCUGGAGAGUGAUCUGGAUUCCCUACAAGAUGAAAAGGAGCGGUUGCUCAGUGAAAAGAGCAAAAACCUGAUGAAUCUGAAGGAAAUGAAAAAGCAGCUCAGCAGCCUUUACCUGGAGGUCUUCAGUUUGCUGAAAGAUGAAAAAGGAAACGGCUACUCUCCCUCUGAGUACUCACUGCAACAGUCCACUGAUGGCAGCGUCUUUCUUGUUCCUCGCAUUAAAAAGACGUUUGUUAAGCGUGAAGACAACCACUUAUCUCUUAAGUAACACUGCUUUGACCUUGAAACACUAUGCAAUAACUUUGUAGUUGUGCAGCUUAAGAUACCGCAUUUAAGCAGAAGUACGGUAUUCCUUGCUUUGUGUGUGGUUUCUGCUUAUUCUUAAAAUGUUGGAAUAUUUUAACAUUACUAUUUUAUAUCUGAUACCGCUUUUUGUAUACAAUAUUACUUGCUUUUGAGUCAAAUUGUGAGUUAUUCUACUGUAUAUACUGUGUAUAUAUUUCUGUGUGCAUUCAAUCAUUAAUCUUAGAACUGAUUUGCCUUUUUUAAAGUCUGAAAUAUUUUCAAUAAACUAGUGUUAUACUGCUA